GAAAAGUGUUUUCCACGGAAAGGAUGCACGCCGAUAAUUAGAAUUCGGGGUUCUCGUUAGGAGAAAAACGACACUUGACGGAGGAUGAGAAGGAGCGGUAGUCUGAAAUGUUCGGUCACGGGGCCGUCGGUGAAAUAGACAGCAUCUCGGGCCCUUACGCUCAUGAGGCGAUCACGAUGGAGCCACGUGCGAUGAUGAUGUCGAACCUGUCGUGCGACGGCUGCGCGGACAGCGACCGGGACUCCGACAGCAGCAGCAUGAUCGUGGACCCGGUGAGUCUCGACAAGAACGAUCUGUCGCCGUCGCAGUCGUCGUCGAGCCCGGUGAUACCGAGCUCCCCGGUACCGACGCCGACCCCGACGCCGACGCCGGCGAGAAGUCGAGGCGGCGGCGGUGGCGGUAGCGGACGCUCCAAGAAGACGUACUCGAUGAUGUCGGCGUCGAGUCAGCAGAAAUCCAGCGGUUCCGCUCAACCCUCCGGAUACGGCUCGGACAAAAUGUCGUCGUCCUUGAUCAAACCGCCGUACUCGUACAUUGCGCUGAUCACGAUGGCAAUCCUGCAAUCGCCGCAGAAGAAGCUCACGCUGAGCGGCAUCUGCGAGUUCAUCAUGUCGCGCUUCCCCUAUUACCACGACAAAUUCCCCGCCUGGCAGAACUCCAUCAGGCACAACCUGUCGCUAAACGACUGCUUCAUCAAGAUCCCCCGCGAGCCCGGCAACCCCGGCAAGGGCAACUACUGGACCCUGGACCCCCUCGCGGAGGACAUGUUCGACAACGGUAGCUUUCUGAGACGCAGGAAGAGGUACAAGAGGCCGCCGCCGCAUUACGUCCUGCGGGACCGAGCGAUCAUGGCCACCUUCGCCAUCUGCGGCGAUCGGGGCCCCUGUCCAGGCGGCGGAGGCGGUCAUCCGGGUGCUUUGGCCUAUCCCGGAGCCGCUUACCUGUCGCCUCCGCCUGGUCUACCGCUGCUGGACUUCUCGCCGUCUACAUUGGAGGCAUUGAAGCUCGGCGGCUUCUUGGAGCCGCCGCCGCCGCUCUACAAACCGGUGCCCAUCACGGCGCCCCCGAUCAGACAGAUCGACCCGGCCCCCGCGAGGGUCACGACGAUACCAGCCAGCCACACGAGCGUCGACAAGAAGCGGAACUUCAGCAUAGACGCGCUCAUCGGCAAGCAAGCGGCCAGCGACCAGAACUGCGGCGCGUUGCUGGAUCUCAGCCCGUCGGAGCACAGAGAGAUCAGAAGCCAGGCGUCCGCGUUCUCGCCGCUCGUCUAG